CUUCUACUUCCUUUCGAAUCGACACGUGCAACGUCCAUGUACUCUGGUUCAGCGCUGGUCAGUUUGCAGUUGAAUUGAUUAUCUCGACCAGGAAAAUAAUCAUAAGCAAUGGCAAGUACGAAGGUAGACAAUCCUGAGAAGCCAGGACAAGAAAUGGCUCCUAUUCAUCGUAUUAGGAUCACGCUUACUUCUCGUAACGUUCGUUCCCUUGAAAAAGUAUGUUCCGAACUGAUUAAUGGAGCCAAAAAACAGAAACUGAAGGUCAAAGGGCCUGUUCGUAUGCCUACUAAGAUUUUAAGGAUUACAACUCGUAAAACUCCUUGCGGUGAAGGAUCAAAAACAUGGGAUCGUUUCCAAAUGCGAAUUCAUAAAAGAGUCAUCGAUUUGUACUCUCCAUCAGAAAUCGUUAAACAAAUAACAAGCAUUUCUAUCGAACCUGGUGUAGAGGUUGAAGUUACCAUUGCAAAUGAUUGAAUUGUAUGAAUAAGAGUGUCUACAGUUUUAAUAAAAAUAUAAAAAACUGAACU